UCCAAAUCAACAACGAAAAGAUUUCUGUUGGGGGAUGUCACAAAUGUGUUAGCAUCACACAAAGUUCAAUCAUCAAUGAGUACUUCAAGCACAAUAAAGUACAAUGAUGUGGAAAAUUCAGUACAACUACAAAGGCAUAAUCUUGAACGAAACAUUGAUUUAGCUUCUAUAUCACGUGCCAUAGAUUUCAAUGAAGUUGGGCAAAGUCAAGUAAACGAGAGAUGGGCUUUGGCAAAACAAUGCAAGAGCACGACGAAAAGAUAUACUUCGACAAAGAAGAGUGCACAAUGGUUUAAACGGUUCGUCAUCAAUAUCACAGCCCAGAUCAACAACAAAAGGAAAUCCAUUGUGUUAGGAUCACACGAAGAAUUAGUGGCAAAUUCUUCAUGCGAGCAGACAAACUCAGAAGAGUUCUCAAUUGAUAAUCCUCUAUUUGUAAUAGCAGAAAUGAAAGAAAUAAUUGGCAUGAUUUUGGUGACCCAGCGUGCAAGUGUGCAUUUUGUGAAGCUUUGUUACGGAUAUGCCCCCAGUAAAAUCUCCAAAAUUUAUCAUUGCCCCCAUGCUCUCAUACUACUUUGAUAAAAUAUCUAACCUGACCAAUCUUUGCCCAAUCAAAUCUGGUCCAAUUU